UACUCGGUAGCACCUAGAAGUGAAAGACGAGACCCCAUACUGCGUGUUUCGUCAAUUAGAGUGUGUCGUCAUCAUUUGUGCUUACUCUCUUCCGAGUAGCGAGACACUCAUCCCUUGAUAUGUACUGCAGUUGUAUAAUUUCGUAAUAAUUAUAUGCGAAAAGGGUAGAGCACUCACUCCACCAUCGAUUUUUAGUCUUCCUUUUCCUCAGAAAAAGUAUGCAGAUUUCAAUCCUUGUAAAUUAGCUUGAAGAAGUACUUCUGUAGCUACUACUAAAAAGUAUAAAAAUCAGUGGAUUCUAGUACCCGUCAAAAAAAACUUCUUGGUCGAAAAAGAAGCACUAUAACUUUUGGAAAGCACAUCUCGAACUCGCUGUAACAUCACCAUGCCGGCCGUGGAAGCAAGCAGUGUGCUAACGGUCGCCACCGCGCCCGCUGGUGAAGGCCCCCCGCAAAGUGCCUUGCAGGUGUCGAGAGCAGCCCGAGUAAAAAGUCUUUGGAAUGCUUUACGCGAUAGUGUUAUUGGGGAAAAAGCUACUGGCGGAACCGAAUUGACGGGGCACCUGUAUGGCUAAGCUGGUUUGGGCGAGUCUGUAGUUGGAAGGAACGUGAUCAGUCAUCAUUUUCUCUAUUUACCUGGGGGCCCCGCGCAUCCUACAUGCGGCGCCAUCGUUACAAGAUGGCACUUCACAUUCUCACUCUCGUUCACCUUCACUAUUCUCUAGUGCACUGCCCACAUUCACAAAAUGUUUUCCGCCCUCACUUCCUGCCCCCGCUUAGCCACAACCUCAAACACGAGGUUGGGCGACUGCGUCAUCACGCUCCGCAUUCUCUUUCACAUUUCGCUUCACUUUCCUUCGCACAUGUUCCUUAUAUUUCAGUCCCUUACUCUCCCUACGCUCACAGCCAGAUUGGUGGCCUCAUUUAUCGCGACCUCUUCCCGCUUUCGUGCGUGGGUGAUUUCUAGAAAGCAUUUGGGUGAGUACUGCUGGGCCAGUCGGGCAUUCUGGCUGUGACCACAGGCAGAGUAAGCUUCGAGCUCGCUCAAAUUAUGGCUCGCGUGAGCCUCUAAUUUUAUGAUCAGCCCGAGCUGUGCGACAUGGAGCAGGUUGCAAAGGAACUGCGUGCCAGUUGGAUGCGUGGCAACGAGGAGAACGAAGAAGCAGCAAAGGCUUUGGAGGAAAUUCUGAAUGCUGCACUAAGCGAGGACCAAGAACAAGGGUAUUAUUAUGAUUUCUUUUCCUCAGUAUCUCUGAUCUAGUAAUAGUUUUUUGUGAUGAUAAUAGAAGAGAGCUUGUGGACCGUAUUCAAAAUCUUCUGCUUCAUCAAAUAUUACUGCACGACAGGACGGGACAGAAACUGCAAGCUCUGAACGACUUUGCCAGGCGAAAGAACGCAGGUGGCGGUUUAAGCUCGACGGACUUCAACUGUGCUUAAGGAUUCAGUUGUAAUAGCGUCCUCUUCUAUAAUAAAAUCGCACGCAUUCACUGCACUCCCUUGUAGAGGAAGAAACGUCAAGAAUGCAAAAACUCCUCAUCGAUAAAAUCACUCGUCGAUAAUUUCGAAAGUAGUUGCGCGAGCAUUGCGCGUUAGCAUUCUCUCUAAACUAGUCACAAUCAUAGUUCAAUAAAUUCGCAUUCAUCAUUAUCACCAUCACCAUCACCAUCACCAUCACCAUCACCAUCACCAUCACCAUCACCAUCACCAGCACCAUCACCAUCACCAGCACCCUCACCCUCACCCUCACCCUCACCCUCACCCUCACCCUCACCCUCACCCUCACCCUCACCCUCACCCUCACCCUCACCCUCACCCCAUCAUCAUCAUAAUCUUCACCAUUCUGCAAGCCUCUAACUUUCUUUUCCGAAAGAUGGAAGAAUCACAUUCGAUACCACUGCAAGUAAUAUCGUUUUCGAAGCGAAUGCCCGGGAGACUGCUCUGAUCAGCAAAGACGACCUAGAGUUAAGGCACGCUGGUGACUUCUAUUAAUUUGACCAGCUAGUGGGCUUCCUAGGAUCAACUUGUUGGCGUCUAUUCCAUUGAGAAGACUACCUCGGGUCGCCGACCACCUUAGUCACCUAAGCUACUUAGUAUUUCACCUACUUAGAUGUAGUCACCUAUCUAGUUUCUCACUCUUUAGGCUCUCAUCGUGCUUUAUACCUUCGAUUUUUCAAACAAGAGAAAAAGGUUAAAAGGUAGAAAAUAGAAGUCAGCACGCAGCGUCUAACAGCGAGCUUCACGUUUUUCACGCCCCUUUGGUUCCGACAGCAGCUCCUUUCACAUGGCAAGAGUAAUAGUACUCCAACAUACCCACCAAUCCUGCUAGUGGUGUAGAGGGUGUCCCAACAUAUGCGCCAAUCUUGCUAAGUCCUCCUCAAUCAUGUUUAAUAUGCAACAGCUACAAUUUCCAUGACACGUAGGAGCAGUCCCUUUCAUCUAGCGGAACGCUUUUCCUCCAACUACGCAGGUGACCGAGAAAGGGUGAAGAAGAUCGCGGGCAUGCUGAUACAAGCGAGAAGAAAGAGCACAGGUGACGGUGGGUGUCAAAGGAUUGCUCAGGCUGUUGCUGAGCGACUCCGGACUGGGAGUAUCAUGUUUACUGAACUCGAGUAUGAAGCUUUCAAGCACAUUUUGAGCGCUGCACUCAGAGAGGAGGAGAAGUAUAUUAUUUGAACGUGGCUGGGUGUACUGGGUUGGAUAAUAUUUAGUUUCAGACCACUUACUUUGUUUUGUAUCUAUUUUCGCUUCCAUCUGUUGACCCCCCUUUGAUGAAAGAUACAGAAAGAACACCGCCGGAUCUUUUCCGGGUUCUUUCAUUAUUAAAUACUGCAUAACGUUCAGCGCUGCAACCCUCGAGAAGUUCAAACAACUUUUCGAAGAAGUGGCGCCUGAUGUUUGGCAACAAGUGAAGAAAUUUUACUGGGAUUCCGGAGAGUGCUCUUAAGGAUUCAGUGUCGCAAAGUUCUUGCUGUUAUCUAAGUAUAAAUUUAGAAUAGACGACGCAUUCGUCACCUCGCUUUGUUGUGAUUGUGGAAAUGAACCAUGUAACUUUUUAGGGAUUUCCUUGAGUGUCGUUCUUGCACUGAUAUCAUUCUACUCCAUAGAGGCUCGGGUGGCGGGUGAGCGAAUUAAGCCUAGAAAUUUUAUGUUGCUUUCGGUAGGACCAUGCUUCCACCUCCCUAUUUCAACUGCCAACUGAGUAAUUGAAUGAGGGCAAUGACCUCUAAUCGAACACGGCAAAGAUCGUGUUUGAAAAGGAGACUGGAAAUAUCGUUUUUGACACAACGAAGCUUGGGGACACGAUAGAACCUAAAACCAUCUUGAUCGAAGGUGACGCCCUGAAAUUACGGCCCUUUGCUGUGGACGUGUGCUUGACUUCUAUUAAUCUAGCCAUUUAGUUAGCAGUAUCAAGCAGACGGCCGCCUCGUUUCACUUCAUUGACUUCCAUUCCAUUUAGAAGACCACCGGGAAUCACCUUACUGACUUCUAGUUUACCUAUUGGACAACACAUGGCGACGUCAUUGCCUUCUAGUUAACUUGCUGAGGUCCUCAUCUUGCUUUUUUCAUGAAGAGAAAGUAGCGGAUUAGAGACUCUUUUUCUACUCUAUCUAGAAGUCCGUUACUUUCUUAUCUUGAAAAUAGAAGGCUCUUGGAAAUCGAAGUAUGGGCGCAACGUCUAACAAGAAACUUCAAAUUUUACGGAUACAACGGAAACGAAAAAAAGAAUGCCUACAGGGACACCCGUCAGUUUGCUUCGGCGCUGAACACGUCUGCAGCAUUGAACGGUACUGCAGUGUGCCGAGAUUGAUUUCCUAUCGUUUGUCUCUUUUCUCGGAUAGUCGUUCGAUCGCACAGAGCAACAGUUUCAGAAGAGGCUAGCUAAAAAAAUUCACUUGAGAAGAUCGCACUAACACUAUGAGUACAUAGCACAAGGAAGAGAAUUGUGAUACUCACGCAUGAAAGACGCCGGACCAUGCUGUCAGAGACGUCCGCGGGCCUUUAACUAACAUUAGGGAGACCUCCGCGACCGGUUCGUUGGUCAAUGGGUGCUGCAAAUUGAAUAUGGCUCACAGUACUGCUAGCAUUUAAGAAGUAGGCCUGGCUUAGGUCUAACAACACUCAGCAAAGCGCGCAAGCAAUGCUAAUGAAAAUAUGUGGGAAGAAGAACCCUCGUCAGACAGCAGCAUGAUGCUAAGCAAUAUUUAGCAAACUCUGACUUCCCCAAACAAAUUGGAGAAGCAGCGCGUUGGCUGGCUGCUUUCUCGCUGCGUGCUUUCAUCUAAACAGCAAACAUCUUUACAACAGGUGACUGGUCGCUUGUUGCUGCAUGCUUUUCCCCCAAAGAAUCAUCUCCACGACAGGUUCCUUGCUUUCAUCCGAGCGGCAAACCUCUCCACCUACUUCAAAACAAGAAGCGCGUCCAUCAUUCAUGCCAAAUCCUAAAUCCAACAGAAAUCCGCGAGACAGGUGGCGAGGGGGGACUCCUGAAGUUGCUGGGCCAGGCGAGGGAGGAGCUGACAGGCGGAAAUUGUCAAACACAGGAUAUGGAACAGCUUCAAAACGUGUUUCGGGGUUUCUGGGGUGAGGGAAAGUUUGAUCGACAGACUGUCAAUAGUGGUCUCCAGCCGUUAGCAAAUGAUGUUCUAGUGGAGUAUUUGGAACAUGCGGGUGGGCUCGCAGCGGAAACGUACUAUUGACGUCACUAGUCUAAAAGCAGUGCUAUCGAUAAGAAGUAGUCUAGCAGAGUGCCACUCGUAUCAUCUUGGCUCGUGGUUCUUCGUCAUAUUAAUAAUCGCACCAAUCCCGCAACCAAGGCGGGGCGAGGUGGAGCGAGCGUGGCCCGCCUGAAGACCAUACCGCCCAGCCGAUGCCGAGUCACCGCCGGAUCCGGCCGCGAAUCCGCAAGGCGCAACCGCCCGAGGCAGUACCCCAGGACCGACCCUCACCUAGCGACAAUCGGCGUCUUUUCAGGUGCGGGGGCAUGGCGCUGGUGCGCUUGUCCUUGUGCGGAAUCAAUGGGGGUCAUGCUGGGGCGUCGUGGUUGUCGGGCGUCCGGCCAUGCAGCGGGCCAGGGGUGGGCGAGCUUGCUGCCUGAGUCACAGCUAGUACCGCUGCCAGGUGUCGGCCUUUUGCUUUCUUGUUUGGCGCUCGCACAUUUGGGCGAGAGGGCCUGCGCGAGAGAGCCGCGCCCGCGGCCGGGCUUUGCUUUGAAUCGCCCCGAAGGUGAAGAGCGCUGGCCCGAAGAGGCCACUUUGGAGGACAGAGGGCCGGCGACGGUUCUAGAUUCAGAACCGGCAGGGGCGCUGCCGUGAAGAGCGGGGAGAGAGAUGGAUUGCCGGGCCCAGUUCGCGACCCACAGCGAAGCCUAGACCUCGUGGGGCACGUUGGCGAACCCGGUGCCCGAUUGCCAGGCGCUACGCCGCUGCGUGUCCCUGCUCUCUUCUCUUCUUUUCAUCGGUGUUGCUGUGGUCUAUGAGUGCUCGAAGCAUGGGUGGCGCCGGUUUGCCGGCUUCAAAUUCCACAAACGCUCCGCACGGACACUCCUACUCGGGCCGCGGCCCCUAUGCCUACUGCUACGACUGUCCCUGCCUCUCGACCACAUCCAAUAUACCUUUUUUUGGUUGUGAAUUCAAAAUUGUUGUCGAAAAUCCGAUGUCAGCACUAGAAGUACUUAUCGCGCAUAGGGACAUUAGUAUCAUCUAUUUGGAUACGAAAUCUUCUGUCUUGACACGCUCCACACGGCAGGUCUGCUUGGCCGAAAUUGAGGAAGUUUGUGAAGCGGACGCUGGAUUGUCAGAUCGCAACGUCGCAAGGCAUUGCGUCGGAGUGGCGGAGAGGUGAUUCGUGGCAGCGCUUUGCGGUGGAGAUGGGGGAAACGACGCUCCUAGACUAUUCCGCUGGGAGUUUCAACCCGAGUCCCGAAGAAAGAUUUCUCGGCCCGCUUUUAAGACUUUUUUUGCUCGAUUCUAUCUAUGAUCCAUACCGCGUUGCUUGUGGCUUCUUUCUCUAGAACAGAAAUAAGCAGGUCAUCAGAGAAAUACUCACGAUAGAACGGAGCAACCCCGACGGCGGGGCCUAGACAUCCUAUCCUACCGUAACCCUAUCCCAGCCUCUAAUUUUUAGCUUCAGGAAAGCGCUGUCUGAGGCAAUGUGGAAACCAAAAUACGGAGAAGAAAGUAGUACUUAAGUGCGUCCUCGUAGUACUUUGUUUCUACUCAUUUCUUGACUGUUUUCUAUUUUCCAUCAUAGGUGGUGAUAGUUUCUACUUGAUGCAAGAGCCACACUUGUAUAUAAGACGAAGCUGAAAACGUCCAAAGUUUGCGUUUACAGAGUCAAUCUCUUACUUUUCUCAGGCUAGUAGAUUUUGCUCAUUCAGCCAUCAAUGAACAAACAUUAUAGCAACAUAUAAUAUAUCGCAAAAGGUUCGCAUGCUCCGCGAAAGAACCUUGAAUGUCUCAUGGAUGUCGCGUUUAAGGCUUCCCCUAAUUCAUCUGCUGAAGCAGCUUGGAGCUGUCCCGUAAGCGAAGGGGAAAACAGCUCCAAGAUGGACUCCAGGAUGGAUGUAGGUGAGCUCUAAAACACAUAAAAGGAGCAGCGGGAACAUAAAAGAACCGACUGGGGGAGCCGCGUUCAACGACUGCAUGAUGGGGAAGAUUACGAACGACCUCAAGAACGCCUGGAGUGGUAGCUCAAAAUUCGCGGGUGAGACUGAUGAAGAGAACUCUGACGGCGCCCGCGCUUUGAAGGAAAUUUUGCAGAGUUCGAUCGGGUAAUCAUAAAUUAAGGACUUUGCCUUCAAUUUUUUGGAGUACGCCAUCCAUCUCUUGGUGGUGACGAUAAGAGAGAACAAACCUCCGAAUAAAGGGAGUCUUGUUCUUGGGUCAGCAACGUGUGUAAGUAGAGCGCGUUUUCUGUCUUACUCUUUUAAAUAAGGGGUUCGGCGCAUCUACUCUUCACACAUUGCAUAGUUGCCGCUGACGUUGAGCAGGACUACUAUAGUGUACUAGUAGGCACUUCUACUUCUGAAUGAUAGAUAUGGAUCGUAAUAGAAGCAAGAACCUCGCUGAACUAUCUCUUUCUGAUCACAAUGAGUAUCAAUAUCACAGCAUCGAAAACGAAGAGAAAAUGGUUUCGCUGGGCACAUUUUUUAUGAAGAAGAAGUUUCCGAUUGCGGAGAAGUUUCCGAUUGCGGGUGUUGAUGGAACAAUUGAAACUGGAUGGAGAGCAAAGAUCGGAUGGAGCCAAACUCAAACGCUCAGUUAAGGAUAGGCUUUAGGUGUUCCCGUUGCCGUUAGUUUUACCUGCUAUGAGAGGGAAGGGCCAUAACUAAUGGCGGAAGCUAACGCCAAGAGCCUACCUCUAACAGUAAACGCACACGCACUAUCCUGAAACCGACACUAGUAUCGUCCUCAGACUCGAGAAGACGGCGGAUGGAGGAAAGCUGAAGGAGUAUAAGCUGAUUGAGCUCUUUGACCUAAAAAUGGGCCAAGACAAUUUACGGCUGACCUGGUGCUUUGUGAGUGUGCGCUUCCAUUUUAGACUUGGAAGCUCGAUUUCCUUGCUUGCUUUCUGUCCAAUUUCGUGCCUGUAGGCACCACGGAAAAACGAGACAGAGAAGCUGGUGAUGAAAUGGCGCGGCUUGGUCUGUCCUCUAAUAUUUUCUGCCUCAGGGCGGAUCGAACGUGAUGCAGAAUAUCCGAAAUUUGCUGAGGCACUCCAGCAGAGAGACAGUAACAAACUUAACGUAGCACCACUGCAAAAACUUACAUAGAGAUCGAUGUGUAGCAGUAAGGUAGUGGCUACAUCAUCGUCAUAGGUUCGUCAGUCAGCCAGGCAAGCAGUCCGUCAAUGUUCUUCGUGCAUGUUAGUUUACAGCAAAUAUAUACAGCUGAUCUUUAGUCGGAGAGUUCUGUUGACAACUAGUUUACAGACACACAGAAGCAAUAUUGGUUUCUUGAUAAUCUGACUACCAUCCACCUAACCACGAACAUCAUAGGAAACACGGGAGACAAGGCAAUAGCGGGCGAGCUUCUUUGUCUACUGAAAGCAGCGGACGAGAAGGCAAGGAACAUGGAUAAAGAGGCGCAGGCACUGGCUGUGGCGCCGUAUCGAGAAGGGCGAAGCGAGGAAAAAGACAUCCAACAUUUGAGGAACGUUGAUUAAGGCUUGCCGAUUGACCUACUUUCAAGCACAUCAAUCUCGGAAUGCGUCUAACGCACGAAGCUCGCAGACCAUAUGCGCCAUGCUGAGUAGGUCAAUUGGAUGCCGCUAACUGUAAUUGCCGAAUCCGGAGGAUUACGACAAGGCAGCACAGGCCAAGUUUCGAAAGUGUCAAGGAGAACAGGGGCAAGGUACUUAUAAUAUCAUAAUUGCUUAAGUAAGUGAGUAACUUCUAGUACUUUUUAGCAGUGAGAAUAUGGAUUGUCUCAGUUGAUCGAUUUACUUUGCACCAGAUGAACUACCAAGCAAGCCCACCAGAAAAAAGUAUGUUCGUUCUAAUGACAACCGAUAUGGCCAUGGCCCUAGAUCGAUUUCCUUUUUGUUGAUCAUAACAACAAAGCGGCCAAGGAGGAGAACAAGAAGGAAGAGGCGCCGGCGGAACCGGCAGAGGAGGAAGAGGCGCCAGCGGAACCGGCAAAGGAAGAGGCGCCAGCGGAACCGGCAAAGGAAGAGGAGAAGAAGGAAGUAGAGGUGGCAGCGGAUCCGGCAAAGGAGGAGAAGAAGGAAGAGGUGGCAGCGGAUCUGGCAAAGGAGGAGAAGAAGGAAGAGGCCAAGGAGGAGGCCAAGGAAGAGAAGAAGGAAGAGGCGACGGGGCAACCGGCAAAGGAAGAGCCCAAGGAAGAGAAGAAGGAAGAGGCCAAGGAGGAGGAGAAGGAAGAGGCGUCGGCGGAACCGGCAAAGGAAGAGACGUCGGCGGAACCGGCAAAGGAAGAGGCCAAGGAGGAGAAGAAGGAAGAGGCGGCGGCGGAACCGGCAAAGGGAGAGGCCAAGGAGAGUGCAGCGAAAGAGCCGGUGGAGCCUCAGGUCUUGCGGCCGGAGCAUGCUACAGCAUCAACAUCACCACGAACACCACCGCAGGUUCGCGGUCAGGAUGAAGCAAGAAAAUUCCUCGCGAAAGAUGGUGGGCAUCAAAGUGUACAGGGUGAAGACGUGCUAAGGCCCCGUAGAUUAAUAUAUUAUAAUAUUAAAUCAUCUUUCUUAGAAGAAUGCAUUAUCUGCAGAAGCAUCCUUUGGAAGGGACUUUGAUAGAGAUUGGUUUUCAGCCAGAAGAUAUUCAGAAGCAUCAUAAGAAGGCUCCUGUGAUAUUUAGAGGGGACUUACUUUGAUAAGGGGUUCAGUCUGUUGAACUUUUCAAAGGGAACUUCAAAGGUUUGCUUAGCGAGAAAACCUAAAAGCUCUAACAUUGGCCGGGCCGAAGCAUGUGCAGGUCAACGUUCGCGCGAGCCCAGUUGUGGUCGGUAAGCUCCUUACUUUGUGCACCUUUGUUUUUUAACGCUGCGUAAGUUAUUAUAGGUGCCCCUGCUGCCGUGAUUUUUGUCUUUCGUAAGGGGGGAAGGGCGCACGAGCUGGGGAGACUGACACCAAAGCCCUGCCGCUAAGCUUUCCUAUAGGCAUGGGCCUGCAUAUCCGGCUAGAAGUUGACGCUUCGAAACAUAGACUUACAGAAGAUUGAUGGACUCUUUUCUUUGUGCAUUUGCAAUUUUCCUGCCGAACCCGAAGAACUUUUCUUGUUCCAUUCAGUCGAUGAAUAUUGUUGACAUCGAAAAGCGCCAGGAGGUAACUACUUCACCCAAAUCAAAAUCAGACUUUUUUUUACCCAAGUCAGACACUCCCCUACCCAAAUCAAAGUCACUGCGAAGGCGUAUGAAUAUUACACAUGAUUAAUAUACAGGACGAAAAUCCGUUUUCACUUUCAACGUAUCCUAGGAGAUGAAAUGGCUGAAAAUGGAAACGCUUUUUGAUUGAGUGCAUUAUAGCUACAACAAAACUUCAGAUGUUCACUCAUGUGCUCCCGGCAGUGGCUUUUUGCAGCGGUGUGGAGAUGAUCGGAAAACGACUGGGAAACCGCGGCUGAGAGGUGGAAAGAAUGCGAGUUCGGGUUUUUUGAAAAAACGUCCUGGCAAUGUUGGUACUACGCAAGAAAGUGACUGGCUCCUACGAUUCCUUCUUAAUAUUAUUCCCUUCAUGAUGACAGCGCUAAGAAAGUGACAGCCGAUAACCAAAAGUAGCAAUCUUGAGCAUUUGCUUUACUGUAGUUUUUGUAGGUGGUGAGCACUAUUUUCUUACUUGCUUCCUUCAGCAUGAAUACAGCUAUUUUGUUACAGCUUGGCAUUGGUAGAUAAGAUCAUUCGCCGCAGUUGUUUUUACUGUCUGUUUGAUAAUAUUGAUACUCUCGCAUUUUUCACACACUCGAACUUUUCAACAUCUUUUUAUUUGUACUUAGAGAGUAGCUCCUAUCUGCAAAUAACUUUCAGGGAAUGAAAAUGCGGAGAAGUCGUGUGGUUUUUUUGGGUGGUGUGGCAGCACAGCCACAGCCCCUACACCCGACGACGGGAACACGGCCUCUACACCGCGGCUGAAGUCUUUGACUGCGCAGGCAGUUUUUAAGGCUCUUAGAAUUUAGUGUAUUGAGCACAGUGUACUUCUUUAAGAUAUGAGUCAUCGGUCUCAAGGAUGCAUGUUGAGUCUCAGGGAUGCAUGUUGAGUCUCAGGGAUGCAUGUUGAGUCUCAAGGAUACAUGUUGAGUGUCAGGGAUACAACAUGUUGAAUCUCAAGGGCCCUCAAGGAUGCAUAUGCGUCUGUGUAUGCGUAUGAAUCUAAAGGAUGAAUAAACAAUAGUGAUAAUAUUACCCUAUACAUAGGAUACGCAUUACUCUUAAGGAUGCAUGAAACAGACGCAGGCUAGGCUUGUGAUUGAUUUUGAAGUCUCAAAGGGAAUCCUAUCGGACUAGAUACUUGGAAGGCCCAAAGGGGGGUCUUAUCGUACUAAAUACUCGUAGCUCGUUUCUAACACAGCAGCGCUGCCGGGUGAGUCGAGUUUGGUGCUUUUGAUUUGCGUCUUUGCUGCGGCCGCUUUGUUGCGUUUGGCGGUUCAUCGGUGCCAUACGAGGGGCUAGCAGAGUGCCUGGAUCAUGUUGUGAAGCUGGAUCAUGUUGUCGUGAUCAACGUGUAAGUAUUAGAAUGCAGGUAGGAAAGUACUCAGUCUAUUUCUUAGGAACAUUGAGAUGGAAUUCAGGGAAGGUAGAGCUACGCUUUGAAUAUGGCGUAUAUCAUGUAUUUGUAGUAUAUCUUCGCUUAUUAUUAGAACAAAGCCAUAGCCCAUAGGAUAGUGAUGCAUAAAAUGUAGAAGCUCGAACGCGGAUAGCGCACAAUUGUAUUUAAUCUGAAGACUUCUACUUUCCUUUGUAUUGAUAGGAACCUCCGAAAAUUUAUAGUUUUGAUUUAUCGGAACUCGCUCGCGAUACAAAAAAAAAAAGUAUGGAUUUACUUGGAUUGAGAUUCUCAGUCAACACACUUCGUAGAAACAGGCAUACGCAAAAGACGCAAAGAAAAAGACAUAGUCCUAACGCAAAAAAAAAAACUCCACUGGAAAACCUAUCUGUCAUGAGAGAAAUCUGAAUUCAAGGCUGUCUCUACCUACCAGGAGACGCAUCUUGCUUUCAGAUUGGAAUUUUUGGAUAGUGCUGAGACUGUACGUAGAUCGGAUUUUGAAAUUUUUGGAAGUAGAAAUCAAUUUUUGAAAUGAAUUGUUGGCAAGAUGAUUGUGAUAUUGAUAUUGGAGCUAGCCGGAAGAUACGAAGUGGUCCGCACAGUCAAGUAUCUGUAGUCGUAAGUGUGAUCAUGUACAAGGAAGAACUAAACAAGCAAUAUUGGAGCUAGCCAGAUUUGCAUGUUGUAUAAGUACAAUCAGGCAGAAGUGAUCACGACAAUGAUGCAUAGGUGCCGAGGACUCGAAUCAUCGUCACUGACGGAAAAGAUCACGGCUGUGAGAACCUUUGUCGAAUUAGAAUUUUUCAAGAAAAAACUAGACUCAAAAUGAACAAAGAGGAAUAGGAAACUACUCAUUACAACAAUGCGAGCCAAUUAUUCUGAAAAAUAUAGUUGGAAAUUAUUUUGACCCACCAAAGAAAAGGUUGGGCUUGGGUAUUCUAUCAUCAGCAUGAAGUGAAAAUUUAAGAACUACAGCAACAAAUGAGCACUCAGAUGUACUUAACACAUUUUUUGGAGAAAUGAAUAAUAAAUUAUUGAAGCCACGAUUAGGGUCUUCCAACACAAAUUAGGGUCUUCCAACACAAACAACACCAAACAGGGAAAAAAAUGCAAAUGUCCUCUCGCUGCACUCGUCUCAGUCCUGUAUGAGGAUUCUUUUCAUCUCAUGCAAAUAAGAUUCUUGACUAUCUAAGGUUCACCAAAUUAUUGAAGCCACGACUGCACAAGAAAAAAAGGCGAGAUCGCCAUAUCGAUUGCCAGGGUGAUGCAUCUUUUCGCA